AUGUCCAAAGAUGAUGAAGUAUUCACUCAAAGCGAGAAGAGGCUCGAAGUAUUCGUAAAAAGGGACUUUCAGAGCAGGGGUGAGGAUGUGGGAGGUGUUAUAUUUGAAGCAGACGCCCUGAAAUAUCGUGAGGCUGUAAGGAAAGUUUCACUGGCAUGCAGUAAGAGGUCUCUUUGGGCUAUGGAGCCCGUGGUUCAUGAACAUAUGGAAUAUUUUGUUGAGAGGAUGAAGGAAUUUAGGAGUCGUGAUGGAGGUGUAGGGAUUUUGCAAUGGACUAAUUGGCUAGCCAUAGACUUGUCAACAGAUUUGUCGUGGAACAAAAAGACGAGUCAAGUGAAAACCCUAAAAGACUCAGUACAUCUAGAAGCAAUCCUCGCUUUCAACCCAUUCGCCACCGUCAUCUAG